AUGGGCCGAAGUUUCGCGACGCGGAGCUGCUCAAGUGGCCGGUCUUGGCAUCGCGAAAAAAGAUCCGCCCGUCGGCUCCGCGUUCAUCCUGGCCUCCAUCGUCUCCCCUGCUGGCGCAACACACCGCUUUAUUGGUGUCUUCAGAGGUUGAUAUCCUGUCAGAAUGUCUUUGAACCUGUUUUCUUCGUCACUGCUGCGCAGUGCCGCCAAUGCCGUGCCCUCGGCGUGUCGUUGGAGUUCGACGGCGGCCAUGAGUGCCUUCACCUCCCAGCGAGCCACAGCUUCAGACAAAUGAACCACCGCCGCCGGCUACCCAACCGCUUGCGAUUCCUCGAAGACCAGAAAGCCCAGGGUGAAAGCCGAGCCCUCGAGAAGUUUCAGACCCGUGAUUGGAAGGCUGGUGACAUCUACGCCCCUCACGAUCUCAGCCCAGCAGAGAUGAAGAAGUGGGGAAAGCGAAAGAGCCCCUCGCGGGAUGCCUUCGAUGCGUUGAACCUGAACCCAUUGGCCCUUUACAAAAACUUCUCUAUCAUGUCCGAGUACAUGACUCCCCUUGGUCGCAUCAAGCACCGCGACCAGACUGGCUUACGGCCUGUCAACCAGCGGAAAAUCGCGAAGGCGAUCCGUAGAGCCAUGGGCCUCGGCCUCAUGCCCUCUCUCUCGUCCGACUCUAAAGGCGAACGCCUCGCCUAUGCUUCGAAUAAAUCUAUCUUCAUUCGUUCCAUUGACAACCCCGCAAUUGGUCGACAAUAUACCGAGCACAAGGCACAGACCACUGUCGCUCGAUUCUCCCCCUCUGGCUUUUAUGUUGCCAGUGGUGAUACCGCUGGUACGGUACGUGUGUGGGACUGUGUGGGUGAUGGUAUCACCAAGGGCGACUAUAGCAUUGUCAAUGGUCGGAUCAACGACUUGGCCUGGGACGGCGACUCGCAGCGCAUCAUUGCAGUGGGCGACGGAAAGCAAAGAUAUGGACACUGUAUCACUUGGGACAGUGGAAACACUGUAGGAGAAAUUUACGGCCACACUCAAUCGAUUAAUUCGGUGUCGAUCAGGCAGCAGCGGCCUCUGCGGGCUGCCGCCGCUGGCGACGAUAAGAAGCUGGUCUUCUACCAUGGUGCGCCGUUUAAAUUCAAUACUGGAAUCGGAGAUAAACACACCAAUUACAUAUAUGGCGUGGGCUUCAGCCCGGAUGGCUCCACCCUGGUAAGCGUGGGCGGCGACAGGAAGAUCUGGCUCUACGAUGGCAAAACUGGAGAGACCAAGGGCCAAAUCGGUGAGGGUGAGCACAAGGGCAGCAUCUUCAGUGUCUCCUGGUCGAAGGAUUCUCGGAAGUUUGUGACAGCUAGUGCCGACCGAACUGUGAAGAUCUGGGACGUCGAGGCAGGCAAGACCACGCAGAGCUGGACUCUUGGAGAGGAGGGCGCCAUGGCCGUGCGAGACCACCAGGUGGGGGUUGUUUGGCCCCCGGGUCGCAGCGACAACCUGAUCAUCAGUUUGUCCCUUAGUGGUGACCUGAACUACCUUGCUGAGGGUACCCCCGAGCCCCGACAGGUGAUCCAGAGCCACCAGAAGAGUAUCACCUCACUGAACCAGUCUACGUUGAACGGCCAGGAUACUUUGUGGACGGGCAGCUUUGACGGUCGAGUCUGUAGUUGGGAUGUCGCCUCGGGUUCGGCACGAGAGGUUGAGGGUGAGGGUCACCCUGGUUAUAUUGCUGGUCUAGCCCCGACAUCAGAGGGCUCUGGACGUAUUUACAGUGUCGGCUGGGACGACACGAUCCGCUCUAUCGAUGUUGCCGCUCAAACUUACACUGGUAGUGCAUCCAAGCUUUCUGGGCAACCGAAGGGGAUUGCGGCAGGCGAUUCUACCGUCUUGGUCGGUGCUGCCGAGGCAGUUGAGAUCUUCCAGGAUGGUAAGAAGGUUGGGGAAUAUAAGACAAAGUUUCCCGUCACCACUGUGGCAGCGCAUGGCUCAAUUUCUGCUGUUGGAGGCGAAGAUGGUACCGUGCAGAUCUGCAAUCUCUCCGGCUCUAGCCUCUCCUCGCAGACCGACAUCAAAGCCUCUCGCAACCAAAUUUCGGCCCUAGCCUUCUCUCCCGAUGCCUCGAUACUGGCUGUUGGAGACCUUCGUGGACGUGUCCUAGUCUACAAAGUGGCUGACGGCAGUCUUGUUACGGACCGCUGGACUGCCCAUACUGCCCGCAUCACAUCUCUGGCUUGGAAUAAGGCUGGUUCCCAUGUUGUGAGUUGUUCCCUGGACACCAACAUCUUUGUUUGGAGCUUGGCCAAACCUGGCGACUGGAUUGAGGUCAAGAAUGCCCACAAGGAGGGCGUCCACGGGGUGGCUUGGAUCGAUGGGAGCCUGAAGAUCGCCUCUGCUGGUGCGGAUGCUGCUGUGAAGGUCUGGAAGGUAGAAGGCUUGAAAUAA